AUAAACUCUGUAGCGUGUCCUGAGAGCCUGAGUGUCUACAUGUAUACAUCCAACAUUUUCCUGCUGUUUCACACUUUACCGUAUAUUUGAAAGGACUGCUUCCUCCUUCAGCUGCCAUUUUACGGCACCACAAGAAUGCAAUAGCACCACCAUCUCCAUCCAUCCAUUCCUCUCACUGCAUCUACUCUGCAGUUUUGUUUAGGAUGGAGAGGGUGCAGCACAUGACACGCUCAGCCAUCCGGAGGGCAUCCAACGUCGAAGUGAACCCGCAGACCAAACGCAACCUUCAAGAUCUUAUCAUCAACUUCUCGCUCAUCCUCGUCUGCCUCCUGCUCAUCUACAUCAUCGUCUUGCUCAUGUGACACCAAAACAUGACAACCGGCCAAUCACAAGAUGCACUGCUCAAGAUCUUGGACAAUUUUGGGAAAUUGAAAAUGUCCUACCAAUGAUGCAACGCGUUAAAAUUUCCUGAAAUUAUAUGAGGGUGGCAGAUAUUUUUUCUCUAUUUAUGUUUGCUGCAUUCUUCUUAUAACAAUAAACAUAUUUUUUACCUUUG